CACACCCACACCCCAGAGUUCAAGUUUCAUCCAUGUCUCCGAAUUCCAUCGCCCACCUUGGCUACCUCGCCGUGCUCUUCCUCCUUCCUCACUGCCUUCUCCGCUGUUCUGCCGACGUCGACUUCCUCUACAACGGCUUCCAGCGCUCGGCCAACCUGAGCCUAGACGGCUCGGCGUCGAUCUUGCGCGGCGGCGCGCUCCAGCUCACCAACGACAGCGACAACCUCAUGGGCCACGCUUUCUUCGACUCGCCGGUGCAAGCUGUUAGGGACGACACCGUCGUCUCCUUCAGCACGGCCUUCGUCUUCGACAUCGUGACCGUUGGCCGCGGCGGCGGUCACGGCCUGGCCUUCGUGAUCGCGGCGUCCAAGGUGCUGCCAGGUGCAAGCGCCGGGCAGUAUCUUGGCCUCCUCGGCAAGAACAAUUUGGGCAACUCCAGCAACCAUGUCUUAGCCGUUGAGUUCGACACGGUGCAGGCAAACGGGCUGCUGAACGAGGCGAACGGCAACCACGUCGGCGUCGACCUGAACAGCCUUGUGUCGAACGUGUCGGAGCCGGCCGCGUACUUCACCGACGACGGCAAGAACGUCACCGUGACGCUCGAGAGCGCGCAGCCCAUUCAGGCGUGGGUGGACUACAACGGCCGCACCAAGGUCCUCAACGUGACAAUAGCUCCGGUGUCCGUGACAAGCCGGCCUGACCGGCCGCUCAUAUCGCACGCCAUCGACCUCCUGCCGAUCUUUGAGCAAAACAUGUACGUCGGCUUCUCGGCGGCGACAGGGAAGUUGGCGAGCUCACAUUAUAUCCUCGCAUGGAGCUUCCGUACUGACGGAGCUGCGCAAGCCAUCGAUCUAUCCCGGAUGCCGAAACUUCCGAAGCCGCCAGCUUCCCCACCAUCCAGGUCCACCGUCAUCAAGAUCGUCGCUGUGUCUUGCGUGGUCACGCUCACCACGAUCGUCUUGGCGAUUGUUAUUGCGCUCUGGCUGCGGCGGAGGGCCGUCCUCGCCGAGACGCUCGAGAAGUGGGAGCUGGACCACCCGCACAGGAUGCCGUACAUAGAGCUCUACAAAGCCACCAAGGGGUUCAAGAACAGUGAGCUCCUCGGCGCCGGUGGCUUCGGUCAGGUGUUCAAAGGUGUGCUCCGGCGCUCCGGCGACGUCGUAGCCAUCAAGCGGAUCUCGAACAACGGAACGCAGGGGAUGCGCGAGUUCGUCGCCGAGGUCGCGAGCCUCGGACGCAUGCGGCACCGGAACCUGGUCGAGCUGCGCGGGUGGUGCAAGCGCGGGGAGGACCUGCUCCUGGUGUACGAGUUCAUGCCCAACGGCAGCCUCGACGCGCACCUGUUCCACCGCGCCGGCGAGCCCCGGGCGCUGCUGACGUGGGAGCAGCGCGUCAGGAUCCUCAGGGGCGUCGCCUCAGGGUUGGUGUACCUGCACGAGGAGUGGGAGCAGCUGGUGGUGCACCGCGACGUGAAGGCCAGCAACGUGCUGCUCGGCGCCGACAUGGGCGCGCGGCUCGGCGACUUCGGCCUCGCGCGUCUCUACGAGCACGGCGCUGAUCCCGCCACGACGCGCAUCGUCGGGACGCUGGGGUACAUGGCGCCGGAGCUCACCGUGACCGCCAAGGCUACCACGGCCACUGACGUGUUCGCCUACGGCGCGCUGCUCCUCGAGGUAGCCUGCGGGCGCCGGCCCAUCGACCCCGUCACCGGCGCCAACCUGCUGCGCUGCGUCCGGGACCAUGGCGUCAAUGGGGACCUGCUGCGUGCCGUGGACAGCAGGCUCGACGGGCGCUACGACAAGGAGGAGGCGAAGCUGGUGCUGUGGCUGGGCCUCAUGUGCAGCCAGUCGCGGCCGGAAGCACGGCCCAGCAUGCGGCAGGUGUGCCAGUACCUAGACGGUGAGGUGGACAUGCAGGAGGAGGCCGUGCUCGUCUUCUCGGGCGUCGAUUCCUUCGACUUCGGGCCGCUGGCGUCCCUGACGUGGUCGUCGUGCUCGUGCAACACAAUGUCAGCGGAUUCACUGCUACUGGGUGGUCGCUGAUCCCGGUUGGUUCUGCGCAUUUUAGUCUCUGGCUAGCUGCUCUUUUGGUCGUGUUCUCCGACAAAUUUGUUUCUCGGCACCAACUUGAUUGCCCAAA